UGCCGUAAAUUGAAUUGCCUCCCUGCUGCAAGACUUGUAUGCCACUUGCGACAUUCCUGGUCUGUUUUCGGUCGCCCGGUGGGGUUUUUUUUUUUUUGGGAAAGUUUCUGAGAGUGUUUACGUGUCGCGGACGGUUUCACCAAAAAACAUCCCAGUCCGAGAGACACACACCAGCCUCUGUGAAGCGAGAGCGCAGGACGACACCGACCGAGUGACACUGCCGGGGAUGGAGACAGUGGCACGCGAUAGUUCUGCAGGGGCUUCUCUCAUUGUGUCCUCCAAGAAAAAGGAUGUCCACAGCAGGGGGACGGGGACGGGGACGGACAGAGGAGGUGCUGGUGAGAGCCGCAUGAAGCGCCUGUUUGGAUUCGAGCUCUCUGACGUGUCGAGCUGGCAGAAGUUUGUUUGCCUGUUAAACAGACCCACCGACCCUGCGUCCUUGGGAGUGUUUAGGUUCCUCUUUGGCAUGCUGAUGGUGGUUGACAUUCCGCAGGAGCGAGGGUUGAGUUACCUGGAUUAUAAGUACCUGGAUGGGAUGGUUGUGUGUCGAUUUCCCCUCUUCAACUUCCUGCAGCCCCUGCCACUGGACUGGAUGUACCUGGUCUAUGUCAUCAUGCUGCUGGGUGCACUGGGGAUCAUGCUCGGCUGCUUCUAUCGGCUUGCGUGCCUGAUGUUCAUCUCAACCUACUGGUACGUCUUCUUCCUGGACAAGACUACCUGGAACAACCACUCCUACCUGUACGGGCUCAUUGGAUUCCAGCUCACCUUCAUGGACGCCAACCGCUACUGGUCGAUUGAUGGACUGCGCAAUGCUAAGAAGAGGAAUGCCCAUGUGCCACUGUGGAACUACACAGUGCUGAGGACACAGAUUUUCAUAGUCUACUUCAUUGCCGGGAUCAAGAAGCUUGAUUUUGAUUGGAUUGAGGGCUAUUCCAUGCAUUAUCUUGCUAACCAUUGGCUGUUUGAUCCCUUCAAACUGGUGUUCUCCGAGGAGAUGACCAGUGUGCUGGUGGUGCAUGGUGGAGGGCUUGUCCUGGACCUCACAGCCGGGUACCUGCUCUUCUUUGACGCCACGCGCCCCGUCGCCAUGGUCUUCGUCAGCUACUUCCACUGCAUGAACUCCCAGCUCUUCAGCAUCGGUAUGUUUGCCUACACCAUGCUGGCCACAAGCCUCCUCUUCUGUUACCCAGACUGGCCACGUCGCUUCUUCAGCAAGUUCCCAGCAUGCCUCAGCGGAGCCCUGCCCACGGUGAUGCCCGCCCCACAGCACAGCCCCUCGUGUGUGUACCCUGAAUCUGAGUCCAGCGAGGCUGCCACCCUGACCAAGCCCACCAAACUGAGCCGGCGGCACCGACUGGGCGCCCUCUUCACAGUGCUGUACAUCACAGAGCAGUUCUUCAUGCCCUACUCCCACUUCAUCACUCAGGGCUACAAUAACUUGACCAAUGGGCUGUACGGCUACUCCUGGGACAUGAUGGUCCACUCCCGCUCACACCAGCAUGUCAAGAUCACCUACCGGGACGGUGUGACUGGAGACAUCGGGUACCUGAACCCAGGGGUGUUCACCCAUAGCCGGCGCUGGAAGGACCAUGGUGAUAUGCUAAAGCAGUAUGCCAGCUGCCUGAGCCACCAGCUGAAGAACUACAACAUCUCUGAGCCUGAGAUCUACUUCGAUAUCUGGGUCUCCAUCAAUGAGCGCUUCCAACAGAGGAUCUUUGACCCGCGGUUAGAUAUUGUGAAAGCUGACUGGUCACCCUUCCGCCCCAAUCCGUGGCUCAUGCCCUUGCUGGUUGAUCUUUCACCUUGGAGGACAAAAUUCCAGGAGAUCGAGGACACUCUGGACAAUCAGACAGAGGUGGUCUUCAUCGCUGAUUUCCCAGGGCUCCACCUGGAGAACUUUGUGAGCGAGGACCUGGGGAACACGAGCCUGCAGGUGCUGCAGGGAGAGCUGAGCGUGGAGAUCGUGGAGGAGGGGAAGAACUACACCAUCAAGGAGGGAGAGAAGAUGCAGCUGCCUGCGGGGGAAUACCACAAGGCGUAUACAGUGUCUCCAGGGCCCUCCUGCUUCAUGUACAUCUACGUCAACACCACAGAGAUGGCUCUGGAGCAGAACCUCACCCGGCUGCACGAGCUGCAGGAGCGAGUGCGCAACGGCACAGAGACGGAACCUCUUCCUCCGGAGUUGCAGCCCAUUCUGAACGGCACGGGGACCGAUGUUAACGUGACUGACCCUGUGCUGAAGGCGUUUCUGAGGAGGCAGAGGAAAAUUGAGGAGAUUCAGAAAAGACGGAAUGCCACCAUCGUCGAUCGAUUCACUCGUUUCACUAUUAAGAAGUAUUACCUCCUCAGGAGAAGUUUUCUGAUGACGGCAAUCGCGCUGCGGAACCUCGUGGUGGGCCGGCCCCCCUUGGAGCAGCUUGCCCAGGAGGUGGCGUACGCCAACAUGAAGGCCCCAGAGGAGCCUGGGAGCAGCGAGGCGGUGAGGAAAGACGACAGUGACCACACCGAGCUGUGACCUGCCUGCCCUCCUUGUUACUGACGCCCAGUGUUUCAAUCACCACAUAACGGACAGUGUUUCAAUCACUACAAACUUACUGCGCUAGAUUCUCAGAGCUGUGUACUGUCUUUUUUUUUUUUUUUUUUUUUUUUUAGCAUCAAUAGAAAAAUAUAAAUAAAUCUGAUGGUAAAAAAAGGAACUAAAGGAAGGACAAUAAACGUAGGGGAUUGUGGGUAAUCCAAAGUUCUUUUAGAAUUGUAAAUGGUGUUCUUCCCUUCAGACAAAAAUAUGAGCGAACAAUGAGAUUAAGUAAAUAGCUUUGAGAAUCUGACUCAUUGUCUUAAUACAAAUUUAAAUCAUGUUGCAUUAGCCAAUUGGAGAAAUGUAAUUGUGUAGACACAAUUUUAUUUGUAUUAUAUAUAUUUUUAAUAAUAUCCGAAUAAUAGAAAAAAUCCAUUUAAAAAGACAAAAGUUUUCCUAUAAAAGUGUCCAAGUCUCUUCUGAUUGUAUCCACGUUGUCUCUGUCCUAAUCAUGAUGUUAAUAUACUAGUACUGCACACUUUAGACAGAGCAGGCAUUGUUUAUGUGAUGACACUACUGCAAUAUAACAUAUCAAGUCGUAUUAUAGUGAUCUCAACCAGCAGUUUAACUGUCCUCUGCACUGUCCACUUAGUUCACCUGCAUUUCUGUGUCGUAUGCGUUACAAACACGCCCUCCGAAGCUGGCUUGAACAUCAUGAUCGUGACUGUUUUAAUGUAAAAGAGGGUGAGAGAGAUUGUGAUGCUGCAAAGCAAGACCCCAGAUACCUGUGAAUACGAAUGGGGCAGACCAGCCCGACCUUGUUCAUUCUCCAAGCCAUGUCAAUGUGCUUCUAAUGUGUGUUGAGAGUUAAAAUUAAAACUAAUUGCAUAGCAUCAUGAGCCAUACCAGGUUGAGAUGAACUGGAAAGCUACGGUGAGCCGAAUUUAAGAUCAGGGUUAAAAUUGGUCCAUCUCAAACUGUUAUGCUGUAGCAGUCUUAUCUCCAUCACUGGUAUCAGAUUCUCCCAAACCAGUUUUAAUUUCCCAUAAAUCAAGACGAAAAAUCUCAUCUAUCUCAUUCAACUGCUGCAAAUCCCAUUAAGAAACCAUACACCCAUCACGUUUGCUCUGUAGUUUAAAUCACUCUGGAUCUGAUGGCUAUUCCCAUCUCAAGGCUGUCUGGUACAGAUAAUACUGGAUGUGCGUAAACAUUUCCACGCACUGAGCCUCGCAAAUGGAUGCUCGUUUACAGACUGUUCGAUGCCAAGUUAAACAGGCAGCGGUUACUUACAAUAAAGGGACGGACGGAACACCAAGAGUAUAAUUAGGCAGCUUCAUUCAUUGAAUUGAUUGAUAGAUUUAAGGUUGACUGAGGGACAUAGUCUUUGCUGUAGAAUCUCACAUUGCUUAAGUAAAAAUCUUCUAUAUCAGAGAUUUAAAGUGAUUCUUUCCUACUAGAAAUGUCUAACAAUGCACAACAGUGAUCCUAUGAUUAGGUUAUAUGCUAUUUAACACGGACCAUCUUUGGAUUUGAAAGAUUCCACUGCGCUGAUCUUUCGUUAUAGAGAAGGAUUUUAGCCCAGCGUUUUCCAUGUAUGUGGCAUUGGUGUCCCGUGAAACUUGAGUUCUUCCUUUCUUGAGGUCCAGGCCUUUCCUGUGGUUUAUUGUAAGAUGAUGGCUUUCAGGAACAGUGGAAUCACUGGAAACUUUAUUCCAAGACAUGCUGUUUGAGUGAGUGUCGAUAAACGUUAUCUGAGGCAGUGGUGCUUCCUUGUGGUUCUUACUGUCCUGUACAGACCUUAUCUGAACAAGCUGCUUCUACACACUGGAUACCUGGGUCUGCUUGAAAAAAGGCUCUGGUCCGCUUAAUUCAAUAAGUACGGAACUGGUUGCAUCAAACACCUUGUGUUCAGUGUUUCUUGAGUUUUAAUGGUGUUGCAGAAAUCAGCUGCACAGUAACUAAUAUGUAUCUUAAAUGUGAUGUACUUAAACAUAAUUAGGGCUUCUAGUUUUCAGGUUUUAUUUUUGAUCACGUGACGUCCCUUUAAACAUAUUUUGAGCCGAUUCGCUUUCUUAAUCAAACACUAAUUACCAAAGGAAGUUGUUUUACCCUCAUAUCUUGAUUGAGUUCACAAACGACAUGCAUUGAUCUCACCUCGUUCUAUUUGAACCUGCAUUUCAAUCUGGCUCUGAUCACUGAAUUCAUCUUAUUCAUUUCCACUGCGUCAGUUUGUAGUAGUGCGUCGCUAAUUUAAACAAUCUGGUAUUCAGUUAAGGCUUAACAACUAUUAAUUAAGGUUUAAAGGGAUAGAGAGAGAUGGGAAAUAAAAACUGGAAACUAGAAGCCCUGAACAUAAUGCUUCAGUUGAUUUUUGCAUCCAGACCCUGGACUGGAGAGGAUUGAAAGAGCCAAAGUGAGUUAGAGUGUUUAAAAAAAAAAAAAAAAAGACAACAUUCCAAACCAGUCUUUAGAAAUGUUUGCGAAGGGCUGCAUGAAUGCAAUCCCUGUGUAAAAAACACAACGUUACUCAAUAUUGCAUCAGAUUAAUCAGGCACUGCUCAGGUUUUAUAACCUCUCGUCAGCAAAGAUCAAUCCAUGCUUUAUUAUCUGUGAAGAAUUUCAGAGGUGUCUUUUGUUGCAUAUUGUUUUUUUCCCAGUAGUUUUGAUAAGAUUUCCACACAAAACAUUUAAUAUCUGUUCUUUCUGUACAGAAAGUUCUGAACCAUGGUGCAAGAGUGCCAAAGUUACAGGCUUUUUACAUGUGCUGUCAGUGUGUCUCAAUGAUUUGUGUAAGGCACAGUUUCCUCAGACCUCUAUCAACGUGGAACAAAAAACAAAAACACAUUACUGUUACAAACUAUAUGAGUACCCUGCUUUGAAUAUACUACUCCGGUCAUAAAGGAAACAUUACAAACUAUAUGAGUACCCAUGCUUUGAAUAUACUACUCCGGUCAAAAAGGAAACAUUACAAACUGUAUGAGUACCCAUGCUUUGAAUAUACUACUCCUGUCAUAAAGGAAACCGCACAGCCGGGCAGAUGUUGAUUUACAGCUGCUAGAUGUCACAUUCAUUUUUCAAUAUAAUGCAUUCUGGUGAAGCUAGCAGAGAAAGUGAUUUAACCUGAGCCAGAGUACCUUGACGUGAUUGUUCUGACAGAAGGGGAGCUCCGGGCAGGUGAAGGACAAUCUCAGGGUGAUGCCAGUGCAGAUUCAGAAUCACAAUGUAUUUGUUGCUGUUCUGUAAGGGAUGGAGUGGAUACUGAUUGUUUUGCUUGCUCUGCCCUGAGUUAGUUUCCUGAUUCAUGCACCUUCACUUUUCAAGCAUACCUUCAUUGUUCAAGCAUACCUUUGUUGUUCGCUAGUUGACUUUCUUACUUAAUGAUAACAGAUCUCUCACAUUUUACAGAAUAUUUAUGUACUGCGGCCCUCCUGAAAUCAUCACGUGGCCCCCUCUUUGGGAACCACUGGUGCCCUGUUCUAGUUUAAUAAGUAGGGAGGGACUGGGUGUGAGUUGAGAAUAGGAGCUUCUGGAAGGACUUGUGUGGGGGUUUCAUUAGGUGGCUGUAGACCCUCCAUCCCUCCUUUGCCUCCCUCUUUUUUUGUUUUCAGUCAAGGUUACAUCACAGUAGUUUUAAUUCCAUGUUGCUCAUGAUUCUGUAUCGAGUCGAUUGUUGGGACAAUUUUCCAUGGGGCUGUUUGUGCUGAUUCUGCCUGCAUUGAGAACCCCUCCUCAACCAUUCCCUUUACUGAGGACCAUCGCUGCAACAGCCUGCCCAGCCAAAAAUGUCAGCAACUGACAAUAUAUACUAUUGCAUUUUAUGAAAAGUAUAUAAUUGUUCCUUUUUUCAAUUUUUAAAAAGGGAAUGAAUAACUGCAAUGCAAGUAAAUGAAAAGAAGCCCACACUUUCAUCUUUUUUUAAAAUGCAAGAUGAAAAUAAAAUGUAUUUUAAAGUUGUUAAUAAAAUGCGCUAUUGUAAGAA